AUGGCCAAGAAGAGAAAGGCCUCAGGGCGCGACAAUGCGCAAUCGGGUCCCAAGGAACUCGAUCCUUCCGAUGCCCGCCUUGGACCCAUCACCACCUACGAAGAUGUUGCCGACUCCGAAGACGAAUAUUUCAUGAACCGAGAUCAAAUACUGCUCGAUGAUGAGCCCAACACAAAGCGUCGAAGGAAGGAGGACGAAGACAUCGAGCUCUCCGACGAAGAGGUUCUUGGUUAUGAGGACUCAGACUCUGAAGAGGACGACAAAGAUGAACGGCGCAAGCCUAAAGGUUCCGCAUCCAAAGAUGCACUCUCGGACGAUGAAGCAGGCGAGGAUGAAGAAGAGGGUGAUUCUGGUUGGUGGGGAGCCUCAAGAAAAGACUACUACAAUGCCGACAACAUCGAGACCGAGGCCGACGCCCUCGAGGAAGAAGUGGAAGCCAAGCGUCUCCAGCAGAAGAAGCUUUCCAAGAUGGCGGAGGAAGAUUUCAUAUUUGACGGCGACGAAUGGUUAGCUGAGGGUCAGGAGGGCGGCGAGGGUGAAGAGACAGUCACAGAAGUUCUUAAGGACGUUGAGAUCACCGACGACAUGGACCCAGACGAGCGAUACACACUUCUCAAGAACCGUUAUCCCGAAUUCGAGCCUCUUGUCAGAGAGUUCCAGACCCUACAACCCACUCUGGUGGAUCUUCAAAAAGCAGCUCAAGGCCUGUCUGGCCAGUCGCUUGAAGCCGUCAAGUAUUGGGUUGCUGGAUGCUACGUUGCUGCUCUCGCGAGUUAUUUUGCCAUCUUGACAUCUCCUGCGCGAGAUAAUGCCAAGAUACAAAAGACCAUCGACCCUGCCGAGCUAAGAGACCACGAGGUUAUGGAAACCUUGAUGACUUGCCGUGAAGCAUGGCAGAAGGUGAAGGGUCUCAAGUCAACCAAGAGUCUCGAUAACGAUUCCAUCUCAGAUAUCGAUGACGAGGCACUCAUGGAGGGCGUAAAGAACCUCGAUGCCGAGGUGAAGAAGAUAAAGAAGAGCAAGAAGUCAUCCAAGCAAGAAAAGGCUGCUGCCGAGAAACUGGCGCGGAAGCUUGAGAAGGUCAAGGCAGGAGAGGCCGCAGUUGCUGACCUCUACGACCUACCUCUUCCUGGCAAGAAGUCAAAGAAGUCGAAGAAGACUGUGGCUUUCGAACAGGGUGACGACAAUUCUGACUUUGGUGAAGAGGAUGUUCUUGAUGAGCGAACCGCAGCCGAGAAGGCCGCCCGCAAGAAGAGUCUCAAGUUCUACACAUCUCAAAUCGUGCAGAAGGCGAACAAACGUGCCGGCGCUGGAAGGGAUGCUGGUGGUGAUAUGGACAUUCCUCAUCGCGAACGUCUUCGGGAUCGUGCUGCACGUCUCAACGCCCAGGCUGAGAAACGUGGACAGAAGAACUCCAAGCUCGGAACAGAGCUAGGCGACAACAGCGACGAUGAGGACACCACAACAGCCAAGACCGUUCGCAACAAUGAGGACGAGUACUACGACAUGGUGGCACAGAAGUCGAAGAAGAACAAGGACGACAAGGCUGCACGCUAUGCAGCCUAUGCUGCCGCCAGCAAGGCAGACCGAGUGGUGGAAAAGGAAGAGCUUGGCGAGGAUGGGAAGCGCAAGAUCACAUACGCUAUCGAGAAGAACAAGGGUCUAGCGCCCAAGCGAAGCAAGGACGUCAGAAACCCCAGAGUCAAGAAGCGCAAGCAGUACGAGGCCAAGCAGAAGAAGUUGAAGAGUAUGAAGCCCACCUGGCAAGGAGGCGAGCCAAAGGGGGGAUACCAGGGAGAGCUGUCUGGUAUCAACACAGCUGUUGUCAAGAGUACAAGACUAUAG